GUCAAGUUUCAUGGUGCUUCACUACCAGACAUUCAAUUAACCUAACUCUAACUGCCAUUCAAUUCAAUCCUCCAACUUUCUUCAUUUUCGAAUAUACCAUUUCUAAUACUAUUCUUUAUCAAUAAAAUAGAAUUAGGGCGGUUACUUUUGUUCUUUUCUUUUUCUAUUUUCAAUCUUCUUUUUUUGGCUGGCAAAGCGAAAGAAACAGAGGUUCUGAUAGCUUAUGCUGCUACGGAAGUUGAAAAAAGUAAAUCAAACGCCAUUUACACGAAAAGUCUCCACUGUUCUCGAGAGUGCAAGAUGGAUGAUCUGAUAUCAGUAAAAUAUUAACAAAUUCUUUAGCAAUUCAGUAUUCAAAAGUGCAGGUAGUCUGAUUAAAGCUUUGAUUUAAAUGGCUGAAUCGGUAGCAAAUCCCACAGUUGUGGGAGCAAGUACGGUGGAGGAAACAUCGCCCGAUUUGUUGAAGAACACACCAUCUAACAUUGCAAGAUUGGAGGAUGUGAUAGAGCAUUGUAAGGGCCGUCGGAAGUAUCUUGCACAGACAAGGAGUCCUUCAGAUGGGGGUGACGUCCGCUGGUACUUUUGCAAGGUUCCUUUAGCUGAAAAUGAGCUAGCUGCCUCUAUUCCUCGAACUGAGAUAGUGGGGAAGAGUGACUAUUUUCGUUUUGGGAUGAGGGAUUCUCUUGCUAUAGAGGCAUCUUUCUUGCAGAGAGAAGAAGAGCUACUAUCUAGUUGGUGGAAAGAAUAUGCUGAAUGCUGUGAAGGUCCAAGAGGACGAAGUAGUUCUGGCAAGAAGUUGGACUUGGGAGAAGAUUCAUCUUCUUCCAAGGGUUUGCAAUCAGCCCAACUAUAUGGGUUUGAAGAAGAGAGGGUUGGUGUCCCUGUAAAGGGAGGGCUGUAUGAGGUAGAUUUAGUUAAGAGACACUGCUUCCCUGUUUACUGGAAUGGAGAAAAUAGGCGUGUUUUAAGAGGUCACUGGUUUGCUCGUAAAGGGGGAGUGGAUUGGCUUCCACUUCGUGAAGAUGUAGCUGAACAAUUGGAGAUUGCAUAUAGUAACAAGGUUUGGCACCGGAGAACAUUUCAACCGUCAGGACUUUUUGCAGCUAGAGUUGAUUUGCAGGGCUCUACCCCAGGACUGCAUGCACUUUUUACUGGAGAAGAUGAUACUUGGGAGGCUUGGCUCAAUGUUGACGCUUCUGGUUUUUCAAGUGUCAUUAGUUUCGGUGGAAGUGCAAUCAAGUUAAGACGUGGUUACUCUGCAUCUCACUCCCCCAAACCCACCCAGGAUGAAUUGCGUCAAAGAAGGGAGGAAGAAAUGGAUGAUUACUGUUCUGAGGUUCCUGUUCGACAUUUGGUCUUUAUGGUCCACGGUAUUGGUCAAAGGUUGGAGAAAUCUAAUUUGGUUGAUGAUGUUGGCAACUUUCGGCACAUCACAGCAACCCUUGCUGAGAAACACCUGACUUCACAUCAAAGGCGCACACAAAGAGUCCUUUUCAUUCCCUGUCAGUGGAGAAAAGGCUUGAAGCUCAGUGGUGAAGCUGCAGUUGAGAAAAUCACACUAGAUGGUGUGCGGGGUUUGCGUGUUAUGCUAAGUGCUACUGUUCAUGAUGUAUUAUACUACAUGAGUCCCAUAUACUGUCAGAGCAUUAUCAACUCGGUUUCGAACCAGUUAAAUAGGCUGUAUUUAAAGUUUCUUAAACGGAAUCCUGGUUAUGACGGAAAGGUUUCCAUAUAUGGGCAUUCUUUGGGAAGCGUCCUCUCCUAUGACAUCCUCUGCCAUCAAGAGAAUCUCUCCUCCCCAUUUCCAAUGGAGUGGGUGUAUGAGAAACACUCAAAGGAUGUUGGAUGUCCCGUUGAUACGAAUAACCAAUCUUCUAAUCCCAGUUCUUUGGAUAAUCUAGAGGAAAACAACAUCAAUGUGAGGAUGAAGGAUGCAGUAGAUUGUGUUGGUGAAGACAUGUUGGUUUCACAACCAACUGCUUUGGUGAUUGAAGGGAAUGUGGAAGAUGAAUCCUUAGUAAAUUCUGAAAUUGAUGUGUCUGCUGAGGACUCUAUUCAGAAAAGCUGUGAGGAGGAUGUGCAUCGAUUACUUAAUGAUUUUAGUGGAACCCUUUUGCUGGAUGAGGGUGGAUUAGGUAAAGCUACAGAUGUUGCUGGUCUUUCAGAGAAAGUGACGGAGGAAGAGAGUGAAGAAGCCAGAGAUAAGGAUAAAGAAAUCAAAAUGCUUAGGGAAGAGGUUAAUUCCCUAGAGGCAAAAAUUGCAGAACUGCAAUCACAUAAAAGUGAGGAUACCACUGAAAAUAAGGAGAUGCUUGUGCGAAAGCCACCUUCGCUGCAGAAGUUCGAUCAAAAGCUGGUAGUUACGUUGGAUGAUGCACCACAGAGAUAUACACCUUAUAUCAGAUACACAAAGCUUGAAUUCAAGGUUGACACAUUCUUUGCUGUGGGAUCACCUCUGGGAGUGUUCCUUGCCCUUCGCAAUAUCCGUAUUGGACUUGGCAAAGGCCAAGAUUAUUGGGAUGAGGAAAACAUUUCUGAAGAGAUGCCAGCUUGUCGUCAAAUGCUCAACAUCUUCCACCCAUAUGAUCCUGUAGCAUAUAGAAUAGAACCACUUGUUUGCAAAGAACACAUCACAAAACGUCCUGUCAUUAUCCCUUAUCACAAAGGUGGAAGAAGGUUGCAUAUUGGAUUUCAAGAAUUCACUGAAGAUUUAGCUGCUCGUUCUCAAGGAGUAAUGGAUCGUCUCAGCUUUAUAAGGGCUAAAGUGCUCACAGUUUGCCAAUCAAGAAACACUGACGACCUAGAAGGACCAAAGAACAUGGAAGAGAAAGAAGAGAGGCCAUAUGGUUCUCAAAUGAUUGAGAGGUUAACUGGGAGUGAAGAAGGGCGAAUAGAUCACAUGCUUCAAGAUAAAACAUUUGAACAUCCAUAUCUACAAGCCAUUGGAGCACAUACAAACUAUUGGAGAGAUUAUGAUACCGCACUGUUCAUUUUGAAACAUUUAUAUCGAGAUAUACCUGAAGAUCCUGACUCCUCUAUGGAAUCCAAUGGAGACAGCUCAAAGGAUAAGAGUGUUUUUACGGGUUGGUCUGAUCACAGAGGGUCUCCAGAUGAAGAAUCUCCUCUUACAUUCUCUGACAGAAUUAUGGUGAAAAGUUUCUCGAGGGAAGCUAAGAAAUUUGUAAAGAAGUCUUGAGUGGCAACAGAUUUCUUUUCUUGCCGUGCGCUAGACUUAUACAAGCUGAGCUGGUUAUGAAGUUAUGUACUAUACCAUCAUACCAGAAGUGACUUUUGCUGUUGCAACUCAUGUUGCUGCAUUUGGGUCUUUAAUCUUGUAUUUAAAUACAAGAUGGUUGGCGUGCCAUUCUUUUACAUGGAUUCUCAAGAAUUGAAGGAAAGAAGUAUAAUUUGGAGACUAUGAUUGUUGCAUCAGGGACGUUGGUAUGCUGCAGUAGACACAAAGGUGUUCUGGUAUCUGCUUCCCUCUGUACAAAAAUGAAACACAGACAAUUGUACCAAAGUCGUAUACUUUUUGGUGAAUUUAGGUGGCUCAAACAAAUGUACAGGUGUACUAUUAGUGCAGAAAGUUUACAUAGUAUAUAAACUGAAGAAUAUUGUUGGUAACUAAUUUUAACUAUUAUAAUUCUUGCCUUGUCUUUCGGGGCUCCAGGGGUCGUUGAAUCUUUUAUUUUGGUUUGAUAAAAAUUGAUAGUUGAUAAACUAUUUUGAUCUGUUCUGGAUACUAAUAAUAACUUGUCAUGAAUGUAGAGAGCAUUUAUUUUUGUGGACUGA